AUCCGAGCCACUGCAUGUCCUAUUUAAAGCCUUGCUGCUCUGAAGUUAUAAACCAAGUGACAGAUACUCGUACAACUGCUUGUAGACAUCCUUCGUUUCACCAACUUCAUCCGCUCGUUAUACCUUCGAUCUCAAUCCUCUCAAACCUACUCAAGCGCUACAUCAACCCAACCAACCCAUCGACCUACCACCAUCAAACUAAACCACGAAUCCCACACAAUGGCCGAACAAGAAUGGCAAAACGGAUUCUGGGAGUGUUGCUCUCCGUGCAAGACCUGCUGCCUGGCCACCUGGUGCCCCUGCUGCCUCUUCGGCCGCACCGCCUCCCGCCUCAAAGAUCCUCAGCUGAAAGAACAUGGCUCGAUGAAUGGUGAUUGCUUCCUCUUCUGUCUCCUCGGUCACUGCGGCCUCUCCUUCAUUCCCCUCACGAUGAAGCGCGGUACGAUCCGUGAGAGAUUCCAUCUCGAGGGGUCCGGGUGCGGGGACUGCGUCAAGGCGGCGUGUUGUCCGUGCUGCACGCUGAUGCAGAACGAGAAGGAAGCGGAGAGUCGGGCGGCGUUGUUGGAGCAGGGGAUGGGGUAUAAGGCUCCGGCGGGGAUGGAGUAUCAGCAUUGAUCAUUUAGGGUAUCAUUCUCUAGGAGAAAUAAGGAGGGAGGGAGGAUGUUUACUUGUAGUCAGAAAGCGGGAAGAGGGUUUGUUUGCUUCUUGUACUAGUAUCUAGUUUAUUGUAGAUGGUUGGGUUUCUGGAUGUUAUUCUUCGAGCGAGUUGGGUCAUAUAUGUCUAAUCGACGGUUGUUGAGGUUGGUUUGGGG